AAGCCACUAGCGACUCAUACAGAGCGCGCACGCUUGUAAACGCUUACGAGAAAUUCUCGAUUUACUUACUCUAACGUUAUAUCAUAGAGAUCGACAAUCAUAAUGGGGUGUACGAACACCAAAGUUCAACCGGUGGAUUUUGAUCCGGUGCCUCAUGUCAAGGAAUCCUGGUACGAGAGGAAGGUCAAAGGACCUGCAAGGAAAGCAAAGGAAAGCAUAGUUAAGUGCUUCAAGCGGGACUUGAAUUCGGAGGCCAGGAAGGUUGCGUGGCCUGAGCAACCCAGCAGUGUGAAGACCGUGACACAAAGCAACGAGGACGCACUCUCGGUGAAGACCACACAAAGCUACGAGGACGCACUCUCAGUUCAGAGCGUUUCAGACGCCACGUCUAUGUCUACAUCUACAUUGACAACAGAGUCUGACACUGAGAGCAGCUCGUCAUCCGACACUGAGAGCAGCUCGUCAUCCGGAUCCUUCGAAUUGACAACAGAGUCCGACACUCAGGAGAGCAGCUCGUCCGGAUCCUUCGAAUUGACAACAGAGUCUGACACUGAGAGCAGCUCGUCAUCCGACACUGAGGGCAGCUCGUCAUCCGGAUCUUUCAAAUCAGCCAUCGACCUCCCCGAUUUCCCGCCCAAACCAUCACGCGGGCAGACGACACCCGUCCCGAAGACACGCCGAGAAGAAAUCCUCCUCAAGAACAUCGCAAGAGCAGGCUUCCAGAUCGACCCAGUGGCUCGGGAUGGGGAUUGUUUCUUCCAUGCGGCCGCCAGACAACUCCGUAGAGGAAACCCCAGCGUUGACACCACCGCUCAACAGCUAAGACAAGAUCUAGUCCAUCAUAUCAGGGCGCACUCGGAAAAGUUCUGCGUCACAGUACCGGGCGGUUUCUGGCCGUUCCAACAGGAGCUGGACAAGCUGGCACGGCGGGGCCACUGGUGCUCGGAUCUAGCUGACGUCCUUCCGGUCGCUUUGGCGGACUUCACCGCAAGAGAGGUCAAUUUGAUCACCAGCACCGAGAUGGAGAUCAUGACCCUGCCGCCAGAGGGCGAGGAGUCAGGCACACCACUGGUGUUGUCGUACCUGGCUACCCCGGGCGGAGAGCAUUACGAUGCCGUCAAGUUCGUGGGAGGCUGAGAGACUGGAUCGGCCUCGGGGUGGGGGAGCAGGGGUACUGGUCGGGCCGGAGUAACGAGGAGGUUCUGUGACUAGGAUCGUUUAUCCGGAAUGAGAAGGACCGGCCGGAUUCCGAUUGCGGAGGAACCGGAGUAAAGA